AUGAGUUUAACUGUCAUAAGAAAUUAUUGUAAAUCAGUAAAACGUGUUCCGGUGGUGUUAGUGCAUGGUGGAGCCGGUAAAGUACCAGAAGAUUCGUAUGUUAAACAUAAAAAUGGUGUUAAGUUAGCAGCUAGAAAGGGCUACGAAGAAUUAAUCAAAACUGGCAGCGCCUUUGAUGCUGUUCAUCAAGCAGUCGUUGCCUUGGAACAAAAUCCACUGUUUAAUGCUGGAUUUGGUUCGGCACUUACCUAUGACGGAAAUGUUGAAAUGGAUGCAUCUAUAAUGAAUGGAGCUGACUUAAAUGCUGGCUGCGUUUCUUUAAUAAAAAAUAUUAAUAGUCCUGUAACAUUAGCACGAAAAGUAAUGGAAAAAACUAGGCAUAAAUAUUUGGCAGGUGAAGGUGCAAUGUGUUUUGCUAUAGAACAAUGUUUUGAAAUGUUACCAGAAGGUGCACUAGUCACACCAAGUGCUUUGGAAAAUUUAAAUAAAUUUAAAAAAAAAGAAGCUGAACGUAAAAAAUUAAAAGAAAAUUGUGAAAAUCCCAUUGCACCGGGCACAGUCGGUGCUGUAGCCAUUGAUACUUGUGGUAAUUUGGCUGCUGCUACAUCAACUGGUGGGGUAAAUGGAAAAAUGUCAGGUCGUAUAGGAGAUUCAUCACUUUUAGGAGCUGGCAAUUAUGCUGACAAUGAAGUAGGCGCUGUAUCAGUUACUGGUCUUGGCGAAACCAUAAUGCGCUAUAAUGUCGCCUCAAAAAUUCUUGCAUUGAUUCAAUUUCAACAUUUGACGGCACAAGAGGCUAGCGAAUUUGUAAUAGUAAACAUGGAGAAACGUUUGAGGCAUAAAGCUGGCGUUAUAACAAUAGAUAGGUGUGGUGGAUUAGGAAUAUAUUUCUCCACACCAGAAAUGGCUUGGGCAUAUCAUAACGAUAUAUCUUUAUGUUGUGGUAUAGUAAAAGAUGAAUUUGAAUCAGAAGAAGUAACGUAGACAAUAAGCGUAUAAUUAAAAUAUUAAUCCAAAUAUGUCAAAAAGGUUUCCGGAUAUUGAAUCAUAUUUGUGAACAAUAAUUGCAUAUUUGGAUUAACGAAUUUUUAACGUUACAUUGUUAUGCAUUUGUCAAGCGAGUCCUAUUGUUUUGACUAUUACUGUACUAUAAAGAAUAGUUAUUCUCGAAGGGGUAAUGUUGUUUUAAAUAAAAAACGA